AUGGCUGGAAACUAUUCACAAUCGUCUGCAGCGGCGAAUCCUUUUUCAUCGCAUAACGUCGUGGGAGUCCAUUACAGAGUUGGCAAAAAGAUUGGUGAAGGCAGCUUUGGUAUCAUUUAUGAAGGCACCAAUCUACUUAACAAUCAGCCCGUGGCUAUCAAGUUUGAACCUCGAAAAAGCGAUGCUCCUCAACUGCGAGAUGAAUAUAGAACGUACAAGAUCAUGGCUGGUUCAACGGGUAUUCCGACGGCUUACUACUUUGGGCAAGAAGGACUGCACAAUAUCUUGGUCAUUGAUCUAUUGGGUCCAAGUCUUGAAGACAUGUUUGACAUUUGUGGACGCCGAUUCUCUACCAAGACAGUGGCUAUGCUUGCAAAACAAAUGUUGGACCGCGUGCAGACCAUCCAUGAAAAGAACUUGAUCUAUCGAGAUAUCAAGCCCGACAACUUUUUGAUCGGCAAGCCCGGCACCAAAAUGGCCAAUCAGAUAUUCAUGGUCGACUUUGGCAUGGCUAAACUUUACCGUGACCCCAAGACGAAGCAACAUAUUCCUUAUCGCGAGCGUAAGAGUCUUUCUGGUACUGCUCGUUAUAUGAGCAUCAAUACCCAUCUGGGUCGAGAGCAAUCACGACGUGAUGACUUGGAAGCUCUUGGCCAUGUAUUCAUGUACUUUUUGCGUGGACAUUUGCCUUGGCAGGGCCUAAAGGCUGCAACCAACAAGCAAAAGUAUGAGAAGAUCGGUGACAAGAAACAAAGCACAGCUGUCAAGGAUUUGUGUGACGGAUACCCAGAGGAAUUUGGCAUUUAUCUUCAAUACGUGCGUAAAUUGGGAUUCGAAGAGACACCCGACUAUGACUUUUUGCGAGAGCUCUUCAGCAAAGUUAUUCGGAAUAUGGGCGAUGUCGAGGAUGGUGUAUAUGAUUGGAUGCUGUUGAACAAUGGCAAAGGAUGGGAAACGCUUUCCAAACGUCAAGCUGCACGUCAAGGAUUAACGGGUCCAGCCAAAAAGGCCAUUGCUGAUAAUCAACGUCAUGCAACUACCCGUAUGACUGAGCCAAAAGAAACGCAAAUGCAACAUCAACAACAUGGUGCACAACGACCGGCAGAAGCAUCGGCACAACCCAUGCCACAACAUUUGCACGCUCCUGCUCAACCCAACAAGAAACGAAGUCUCUUGUCGAAACUCACAUGUGGAUUGUGUGAUUAG